AUGAAGUUUGGUGUGAGAGACCGGCGGGAUGCAGACGACGACGACGAGGUGAUUGCCACGUACAACGUCUACGCAUCGCCGCUGCAGCAGCAAUUGCACAUCUUCCAGUUUCCACUGAGGCGCAAGACGCAGCCCUAUGAAACCGACGAAGUGCGACUCUUUGUGACGGAAGGGGUGACCCAUGUGGGCAAGGAGGCAACACCGCCAUCCGCGUCAUCGGCGUCCAUUUUGUCUCCAUCGUCCAGGCUGACGAUGCACUGCCGCCUUGACACGUUUGGCUCCAGUUCCUUCGUGGAGCCAUCACACCAGCAGCAACGGCAGUUGCCGAUGCAGCAGACAGAGGAUAGGUUCUGUAGGGGUGAGCAGCAGCGGAGAAACUCGUAUCACUACGCGCUGCAGUCUCACCCCUUUCAGCCCCGAUGUGAUUAUGCUGUCGGGUUUAUUGUCGAUGGGGCAAUUCAUCUGACUCCAGUCAGUACCAUUCAACAGUUCACACCUAUUGUCAAGCCAACGACGCUUAUUGCCGCUCAUCGUGUGGGCGAUGAAUUUACAAGCGUGCAAUCCACUCCAAUUGUUCCCGGACUUGCCAUUUCUGACCGCAUCAAUCGAGAAAUGUUGCGUCAGCGCAGCGUCAUGUUGAACACGGACGCAGCGACAGCAAAGGA